AAUGAUUACUCAGUUUCUCACUGUAUUCUCGAAAAUGGCCGCCUCUGGUGGAUCUAUAGAAUGGUCUACUAAUGUUAAACCUAUUUUAACAGCACUUUAUGGACCCUUUUUCGACAAAAACGAUGCAGUAGAAAUAAUACAAGCUAUUAUAAAAAGUGAAAAUGAAUUUCAGAAGCAUGAAGAAGCAUACGACUUGUUUUACACAUGUUUUGCUUGCCUCUCAGCUCAUUUUAUCAGCAUUAAUGCCAAUAACAUACCUCCAGAUCAGUUAAGCACAGCUCAAGAUGCUUUUCGGAUUAUCCUUCAACAAAUCCUCAAGAAAUUGUCUGAAGCUGGGCAGAGCCAGGAAGAUACUUCUAAUACGCUUAGCCCCAAUGUGUCUGUCAAGCAGCUGCUAUUGCCAAUUGUGGCCUUAUGUGGUAUUGACAGCAACGGUUAUCCCCCUUCGGAUCUUGUUAUUUUGCUUGCACUUCUUAAGACGGCUAAGCUACCACCUCAUGGAAACACAAAUGAAAAUCAAACAACAAAGUCUGCAAUAUCAAGUCCCAUAACAUCUCUCGCAUCAAACACAUCUACAUCUGAGAAGCAACCGCCAACAAAUGCUCAAAGGCGAUCUGAUGCACUGCUGGAACGGCUGACUAUGCCACUUCGCAGUCAAGUAUCAAAUGUAUUGCCUCCAGCUCCAUCUGCCAUCGGAGUCAUGUCACCGGCAAGCAAAGACAGUAUUGAGUGUGCUAAGGAUGGAAAUGCUCAACUGUCUUCCAUUGACAUAAAAAAGUGGGUGGCAUCUACGUGCGCUUCGCUUCUGAUGGAGCUGCGAGCGGGAUCCACAAUAUUGGCCAUCUGUUCAACGCUACCUUGCCUGCAGCGAUACUUGAACCGCUGGCAAACUGCCAAGGAAUCCGAUUCGGCACCGUCGUUCCAUUCGGAUGCCGCGCUGCUGUACUUCCUGGUGAACGAGGUGGAGGUGUGUCGCCUGGCGCUGUCCCUGCCUUGUCUGGAGCCCUUCAGUCCGGAGCGAAUCGUCACUCUCAGUGACGUCAGCGCCUCUUGGCUCCUCUGCGCUACCGCACAGGCCACCCUCCACCAGAAGGACGAAGAGGGCGAGGCGCAGACGGCGACGAUCGUGGAGACCGCGCUCAACCUCUACAGCACCGUGGGAGACAUCUUCAAGCAGUCCACGCGUGCCGGAGGAUACGUGUACCAAAAUCACUUGAUGAUCGGGGCGUGGGUGCUCGUCUGCGGUCUGCACCACGCGCUGGGAGGCGCGCCGGGACCCACCCCGCCGGGCAAGAGUCCCGCCAAAACGCCUCUCAGACCCUACAAUUUGACCAAGAUGCAGCAGAGCCUGGGCGUGGUGUGGGUGGCGCUGGGCGGACGCUGUCUCUCGUGGCUCGGCGACCUGCUGUCCGACGCCCGCCUCGAGGCGCUGAGCUCGAGCUCGGACGGCCCCGCGAGCACCCCGGCCUCGCUCCACAUCUCGACCCACCACUCGGCGCAUCAGAGGGAGCUGAGGCUGGCCCUCGCCGCUCCUCUGCACCAGUUGUUGGUGACCCUCGGCGUAGUGUGCUACCGCAAGGCGACGAACCUCAAGCGCGCCGUGGUGCCGAAGGACCGGGACGCCGAAGCCGACCGCUCCGAGGGCGCCGCCUUCUUCAGGGACAUGCGACUCUGCUCGGAGGACUCCGAGACCGACGACGAUGACAGCGAACCGCUGUUCGGCCUCUGGUUCGAGUCGACGCUGGUGGCGCCCGACGCCGACGACGACGGGCUGACCCGCCUCGGCGCCGCCGCAGUCGCCUCGGCGGCGCCCGACUCGGCCGAGCGGGGCAUCGUGCCCGACAAGGCCGAGCCGUACUCGUACAUAUCGCUCGCGACCGACGUGUUCACCCUCUUGACCGACGGGAUAGUCGGCGGCGGCUUCGAGCGCCUCGGCCGCUACGCUCUGCAGCUGCACGAGGCCCACCACGCCCUGUUGGCGGCGUUGGCUCGAGACCUGGACAGGGAGAGCGCCAGGACCGACACGGGAACGAUCUCGCCGUGUUUCGGCGCCCGACUGGGCGCUCUCUACUCGUCGUUCAGCUCGGCGCUGGUGCGAUACCUGCACGCCCUGAGCGGUUCCCCGACUUUCGCCGCGCUGAGGCCGUCGCUGCAGCAGCAACUCGCGUCCGCGGAGCGACCCAACACCGUUCCAUUGCAGGUCGGGCCGCGCGUGGUGAAGCUACUCGGCGGCAUGGUGCUGAGCAAGCCGGCUUCGGAGAGAGAGAACAGUAUCCUGGUGAUGUGGCACAACCUCAUCAAUACCCUGCAAGAGUACGCCCUGCAGCCGCUGCCCUCGCAGGACCACGACUACGAAGAUCUCAACGUCGAACACGCUCAGCUCAUGGUGUACUUGUUUCACUCGUUGACGCUGAUGCAGAAGAAGUCCGUUCUGCUCUCCACCGCCAACGCCAUCAUUAAGGUGGUGGAAACGCUGGGCAUAAACGAAAGACAGCGCGCGACGACCCUGGCUCCGCACCGGCUGACGCUCUCGACCAGGCUGAUGCUGCUUCUGGAGUACCUCAUGAAACAUUUGUACGACGCCCCGCAGACACUGCUGCAGCAGAUCGAGUGGAACCUCGUAGUCGCCACCGGCCUGGCCCGGCCAUCGGCGGAGACGUCUCUCGGCGAAGUCGGAACCGGCUCCGACGCCGGCCCGCCGAAGACGCGCAUCUACUGCGAAGUGCCCUUCGUCGAGCAGACCUACCGGAGGCUGUCGCAGGACGAGACCUCGAUGAGACCCAAGUUCUACGCGCUGACCGACACCAAAGUCAACAACCAGGAGAAUCCGAAGUUCGACGGUCUGGCCUGCAAUUUCGUGCUCGGCACGCCGCACAAGCUGAAGUAUCCGGUGCUGGUGGACGCCCUCCUGGCCCUGCUCAACUGCGCCUGCGUCUGCGACGGUCGGAGCAAUCGCACCUCGGUGGCCGCCCGCGCCGCGGCGCACUACUGCUUCCAGACCGCCUGGAGGCUCGUGACGAGCAUGCCCCCGGCAACUCCGCACAUGGACAAACUGCAGGCCGGGACGGCGGCCGACCUGCCUUCGCCUCUGCCGCUGUACGCGCUGGUGUGGGCUCCCCGCGCCGACGCCAAGAAGGCGUUCAACCCCUGGCUCAAGGACGCGCUCGUCAAACAGGGCAUGUACACGCAGUACGCCGAAAACCUUCUGGCCGGAGUGAGCUCGUCGUGCGACAACAUCAAAUACUCGGCCUGGCUGGCCUCGGAGACCGUUAAGCACCUGAAGGAGAACCUCCGAGACGGCCUGCCGGCUCUCCUCGACGUGAUGUCUUGCGAUGCGGCGUUGAUGCGGCUCAAGAUGUGCCUGGUGGAAACUUCCUCCCCGCCCGAGGCGCACCCCUUCGUGCCGCAUCUGCUGCGGCUGCUGGAGACCGUCCUGGCGUGUCGCAGGUCGUGCGCGAGCCCCGAAGGCGGCGGCUCCGCGGGGCCGGCGACGGAGGUGGUGCUGAGCGUGUGCGGCGGCGUCCCGAGCGCGGGCGCCGCGUCUCCGCCCCGACUGGGGCCGGCGCUGAAGGCGCUGCUGCCGAGCGACGUGGCCGCGCUGCUCGACUCCCGCUCCGUGGAUCCGGCUUCGUCGGUCGCGCCGUCCGAGAGCGCCGUGCUCGAGCUGGUCUCCGCGCACUGCGAGCUGAUGAGCGACAGGCUCGAGUACGGCAUCGGGACGUCUCUGACGAUGCUGGCUCGCUCGGCCGCCAGACUCCUGGAGAUCGGCGCCGCCGAGAUCGCCGACAGCCUGGAGUUGACGAGGAAGACGCUGGCGCUCAUCGUCCCGGCUCUGACCGACGGACGCCUCGAGUUCCUAGCGGAGCCGUUGACGGCCACCCUCAACUCGAUCGUGCCUCAGGCCGUCAAGGCGGAGGAGAUCAUACACGAGCACAUUCUGCGAACCACGUACCCCGCGCUCUGCGACUACAGCCCCUCCGCGGAGGGGAUGCUCGAGCACAUCGUGAGGUAUUGGGAGAAGAUCCUGGAUCGGCAGGCCGGUCGCGCCGCUUACGAGGCGGUGUUCGUCGAAGGAGACGGCGAGUUCGUGCUGGGGAGAAUCCUUCUGUCGGCGCCCAGCACCAGCAAUCCUUUCACCGAUCGCGUCGUCAAGCUGUUCACUAAAAUAUUUGCCAGCUGCGAAUCAGAAGACGUGAGCCAAAGCCUGUGCGUCGGAGUGUGCAAGUUCAUCGGCGUCGCCGACCGACAGACCUUGUUCGACCUUCUCGGCCACAUCUGCAUUUACGGACCGUCCCUCGCGACUGCCGGCACGGCGAACGGCAGUCCCACCGAGACGGAACUCCCUACUCCGACGUGCUCCGCUCCCGAAGGCCAUCCCGCCUCGCUCGCCCUGCGCAACGCCAUCCGCUGCGUGCUCUUCCGCACCGAUGGCGAAGUCGCCCCGCGCCCGGACGCCCGCAACGAGCGCGACCUGCCCGUCUUCGACAAUCCUGUCGCGGCGACUCCGGCUCCGGGGGCUCAAUCGGAGACAAACGCCCAACAAUCUGGAAAUUCAGAGACGUGCAGCUGGUCGGACUGCAGCAAGGACAGCGCCGGGGCAACCGGGGGGGGCGCGGCGGCGUCCCGCGUCGAGGCGAGUUCGCCCGUGGGUGAGGGCGCCCACGCCGCCCUUCUAACGGCUCUCUGCAAGCACGUCGUACUGCACUGCGAAGAGGAGGCGAGCGAGCGCCUGCUGGUGACUCUGAUCGAAGUCAGCGGCGAGGGCUGUCCUCCUCCGCUGCUUCGAGAGAUGUGCCGUCUCGCGGACUCGCACUCGGGCACGCUGCACGAGCUACUCUUUCCGGCCGCGCUGGCGUGGCUCUCCUCCUGCGUCGAAAGUCUCGGCAGCCCCGAGGUGCUGGAGAAGUUAGAGGAGGGCACGAUCGACAACGACAAGACGACGCAGCAGAUAGAGUCCGCGUGUACGUUGCUGUCGUACUUGGGUGACGCCUUGCACGCCAUCGGCGCCCCGCCCUCGCACGCGUGGCGAUCGGUCAGCCCGACGUGGGAAUCUCCUUCCGACCUCGGCUUCGACUUGGACUACGCCGACGAACAACAGGACGAUGACGACACGAGCGCCGACGAUUCCGACGAGGACGCCGUGCUGACCAACAAGCUGUGCACCUUCACGAUAACGCAACGCGAGUUCAUGAACCAGCACUGGUACCACUGCCACACGUGCAAGAUGGUGGACGGCGUCGGAGUGUGCACGGUCUGCGCGAGGGUGUGCCACCGCGGUCACGACAUCUCCUACGCCAAGUUCGGAAACUUCUUCUGCGACUGCGGAGCCAAGCCGGACUUCAGCUGCCAAGCCCUGGUGAAGCGCGAGAAAUCUUCGGGCGGCGGCCGAACGGCCGAGGAGGCGCCCCCGGCGCCGUCCCUGCGCCGUCGCCCAUCCAGCCCAACGCCCGCCGCCCUGCUGUCCCCGCCGAGGAGGCCCGUGCUGGCUCAUAACAUUCAGGGUUGCCGAAGCUUCCUGGCGAGCUACGGAAAGUGGGAGUGGUGCCUCGAGCGCGUGCGCACGCUGCUGUGCGCGCUGGCGGGCCCCGUGCGCGCUGCGUGCGAGCGAACGGCCGCGGUCGGAGCGCACGGCCGGGCGCAGAGGGCGCUGGCGCAACUCCACCUGGGCGAGAAGAAGUUCUCGCACACGGACUCGCUAAUGCUGCCCACCCUAGGUUCUCAAGAAGGCGCCUUCGAAAACGUGCGAAUGUCGUACACGGGAGAGAACGGUCAGACCAUCAGGCAGCUGAUAUCGGCGCACAAGCUGCGUCGCGUGGCCAUGUGCUGUUUGGCUUCGCCGCAGGGCCGAAGGCAGCACCUGGCCGUUUCGCACGAGAAAGGCAAAAUAACGGUGCUCCAGCUGUCGGCCCUCCUGAAGCAGGCGGACUCGUCGAAGCACCGGCUGACCCUGACGCGGCUGUCUUCGGCCCCGAUCCCGUUCACCGUGCUCAGCCUGAGCGGGAACGCGGCCAACGAGGACCUCUUGGCCGUGUGCGGACUCAAAGAGUGCCACGUGCUCACCUUCAACUCUGGCGGAGCCGUGGCGGAUCAUCUGGUCCUGACGACCGACCUGGAGGCGAACAACUACAUAAUUAAAGCCAUCUGGCUGCCGGGCUCCCAGACGCAGCUCGCGCUCGUCACUUCGAACUUCGUCAAGAUAUUCGAUCUCAGCAAGGACCUCGACAGUCCCACGCAUUACUUCCUCGUGCCCAGCGGAAAGGUCCGCGACGUGACGUUCGUGAACCAAGAGGGCGUGAUGAACAUGCUCUGCAUGAGCUCGGCGGGUCACAUCUACUGGCAGCCGCUGAGUGAAGAGUCUCUGGCGACACUCGGCACUUUCUACGUCACCAACACCUUGGAAGUGUUGCACCCGGAGAUACAGGACGUCGCGGGACUGGUGGGCGGAGGUGGAGUUUCUAUUUACUACUCGCACACUCUGAAGAUGCUCUUCUUCUCGUACGCUCAGGGCAAGAGCUUCCUCGCCCCGCUCAACUCGGUCGAAGAGAGCGUCAAAGGCACCGCCAUGAUCACCGUCUACGGCGGAGGGGGUGGCCCCAAAGAGGGCGGGCGCGGCAAGGGCGGCGCGCAGUCUCUGCUGCAGUGGGCCGAAGUGCCCGGACAUCCGGGCCUGCUAACGGCUCUCAUGCAGGCCUCCAACAACCCCGUCGUGCUCAUGCUCACGCCGUCCGGCAUUCACGUGCAAGAGAUCAAGGUGGUGCCGGCCAAGGCGAAGAUCACCGACAUGGUGGCCGUGCGGCACUGGUGCGGCGCCGGCGAGCAGAAGAGCACGUUGAUUCUCCUGUGCGAGGACGGUAGCCUGCGCAUGUACGCCGCCGAUCCCGCCCGGACGGGCUUCUGGCUCUCCGGCGCCGUGCAGCCCGUGCACGCGCCGCGCAGACGCGCCCGCCCCGCGAGGCCCUCGCACGCACACGCCGUGCCCCGAAAACAGCACCAGCCGACGCCGAAGACGAGCGACGGAGCUCCCCAGUUCCCGAUAGACUUCUUCGAGCACUGCCACGAGAUGAGGGACGCCGAGUUCGGCGGCAACGACCUCCUGCAGGUCUACAACACGGCGCAGAUCAAGCAUCGGCUGAACACCACCGGCCUCUACGUCGUGUCGACCAAGAUGAGCGGCUUCACAAUGGAAGUCACCAACUCCGACCCGAACUCGGUCAUCUGCGGAAUUCGGGUCUUGCUCGGCAGCCAGGACGUCGCCAGGACGCCGACUUACGUCGAAAUCUACGGGAGAGCAGUCCCGACUAUGGUGGUUCGCAAUCGAUGGUUCGACGUUCCUCUCUCGAGAGAGGAGUCGCUGCAGUCCGACAAAAAGCUCUGCAUCGUCUUCGGGCCCUCGCAAGAUCCGGACGGCGUCACCAUGGUGGAUUCCGUCAAGAUCUACGGAAAGAACAAGGAGCAGUUCGGUUGGCCGGAGGAGAACGAAGACCCGGCCGCCUGUCAGUCUUCCGGCAGAGUGCCUCAGGAAGCCGAGGGCGCGACGGGCGGCGGCGACGGGCCCGGUGCCGUGGAGCGUCUGGCGUGCUCGGCUCUGGAGGCGCUGGAGCUGAGCGCCGGCGCGGCCGUCCGCUCGGGCGCCGCGGCGGGGGCCGACGCCGCCGCGGACGCCGCCGAGAGCCUGCUGUGCGUGCCCGCCUCGCCGACGCUGCACGCGAGAGCCCAGUGCCUCCUCCGCGCCGUCUACCAGGGCGACUAUCAUCAGCGCAAGGACCGGGCCGUCCUGCGGUACGUGUGCGCCUCCCUGCGGGAGCUGCGCGACGCGACGGACGCCCGCAACGUGGACCCCGAGGCGUACUUCCGCCUCGUGCUGCUCGCCCGCUCCGUGGCCGUCGCGCGUCCGCACAACUUGGUCCGAUUCACGCCUCCGACGCCCGGGAAGCCCGCCGACGGCGACUGGUCCGCCCUGUGGAAGGCAGACGGGUCGGGCGACGAGCCGCACGCGUGCGCUUUGCUCGUGAGCGUGCUCUGGAAGUUGGCGGCCUGCAGGAGCCAGGCGCGAGGCCCCCCCGGCAUCCUGUCUUACGGCCUCAGGCACACCGAGCACACGCUGCACGCCCUGGCCGACAUCAUACACGCCUUCCAACUCAACUCCGACCCGGAGUGUGUCGAAUUCGGCAAUCAAAUCUAUCUGUCGCUCCUCCUCGCCGAAGACCAGAACAUCAGCUUCGGCGCGAAGGCGGCUCUCGUGCGAGUGCUGCGACCUCGGGUGAAGAGGCGACGCGUCUACAUUCCGUCUCCGCCGAACACACCGGGAGCCGGCUCGUCGACGAACGCGGGUCGCGCGAGCGGCUCGGCGUCCGAGGUCGCGGCUUCGGAGCCCGAACUCGGCGCUCGGCGGGAACCUCGAUACGUGGACGUCGACGACUCGCUCGAACCGAUGGUGCUGCUCGCGCCCGACGGAGGUCUCGAGGCGCUGCUCGACAUUCCGGCCGAUGCGGACGACGAGACAAUGGUGGAGCUGGCCAUCGCGCUGUCGCUGCAAGAGCAGGAACAGCCGCGGAGACAGCAGCCGCACACGCCCACGGCGCCGCCGCCGCCGGCGCCCGGCUUCAGCGACGCCAAUGCCUCGCCAAACGGCUCGGACGACGAAGGCAGCACUGCGGCGACGGACGGCAGCACCCUGCGGACGUCGCCGGCCGAGGCCGCGGGGUCGGCCGGCGAGGAGAGCGGCGGUUCCGGCGCCGACAGCAUCGGUGGAGUUUCCGGCCGCAGCAGCGUCUACGCCGGGCCUUCGACUUCGUCGUCGCAGCCGGUGGCGUCCUCGUCCCGCGGCCUCGAAGCGGAGAGCGAGACGCGCAAACUCCACGCGCUGCGCCUGUCUCUGCUGUCCGCCGCGCUGGAUGCUCUGCCGUCCCUCAGGAACUUACCUGGAGUCAGAGCCAUUCCGUUUGUGCAAGUGGUGCUGAUGCUAGCCGGUGACUUGGAUUCCAGCGUCGAAGGUGACAGAGCGCUCCUGGAUCUCCUGCUGGAGGUUCUGAUCGGCGAGCUGGACAUUCAGAGCGAGGAGCCCUCCGUCGAAGAUCGAGAUGCGAGACGAGAUUUCCAGUUGGCCAUCGCCAGGUUGGAGACACUGGUCUCGGAACCGGACACCGCGGACGAAAGCACCCCGCCCGUCUACGAGAGGACCAAUCGCAGAGAGCUGCAGCUCGUCAUCAUGAGACUGUUGAGCGUGCUCAUGAGCCGCUGGAAGACGUGCGGGUCCCGCGAGCACGCGCUGAGCACGUCGUGCGCGGCGCACGUGUCGCGAUUGGCCGCGGCCGCCUUCGUGCGCGCCGGCGCCCCCGGCCACUGCUACGGCGUGCUGGCUGCGCUGCUGCCCUACUGGCGGCAGAAGAGCAACAGCAACGCGGCCGCCACGACUCCUACGCGACAGCUUCUCAAACCUCAACCGCCGCAGCCGCUGCCCGACAUGCAGCCGUUCUUCGUCAAGGAGUACGUCAAGAGUCACGUCCUGGACGUAUUCGAUAACUACCCGCAGCUUUUGAUGGAAAUGGCGGUUCGUCUUCCGUACCAGAUCCACAAGCACUGCGAUCCCUCGCAUUUCGAUUCCCGAUGGCGCACUCUUCUCUGCGAGUACAUGAUGAAUCCUCAGACGCCCCUCAGGAAACAAGUACGCAAGCUCCUGCUGCUCCUGUGCGACACUCGGGAACGCUAUCGUCAGAUUCGCGACGUGCACGCCCUCGACACGCACUUGAACGCCGCGCGGGCGCUGCUGGCCACGGACCCGGCCUACGACAAGCUCGUUCGGCUCAUGGAGCAUCUCAAGGCGUGCGUGGAGAUCGUGACCCCUCGCACGGGCAACUGGCAGCACGCGUGCCGCUCGGAGCGGCGCGAGACCCUGCCGUGGCUGCUGGGUGCCGCCAGACGCCUGCACCCGCACGUGGCGCCCACGGUGCUACAGCUGCUGCAGGCGGCUCUGUGCCCGCCCGGCGCUCAGCCCGCUGCCCAACCGACCCAGGCCGGCGCCAAAGAUGCCAAGGCGCAGCCCGAGUGGCCUAAGCGCGAGCGCAGCGCCGACAGCGACGGCUACGUGUCGGACGCCUCCAAGUUUCAAGAGCAGAGAGUGCCCGACCUCGUGGCCCAGAUACACAAACAGGUGUCUCAAGAAGAAUUGAAACUGUUCGUGAAGGCCUUCCUUCUGGAGACGAAUUCGACUGCGGUUCGGUGGCAAGCGCACGCGUUGCUGUUGGCCAUUUACAACAACUCCUCUCCGAAUAAACAAGCAUCUCUGGUGGCGCUGCUCUGGAGUCUGUGGCCCACGCUGCCGCAGUACGGACGCAAAGCGGCGCAGUUCGUCGACCUGCUCGGCUACUUCACGCUGAAGACGUCGAAGGUCGACAGCUCGGUGAGUGGAGGGUUUACUCACUGUGCGACGGGAUGGCUUUUUCCGUUUUCGUCAACUAAAAUGCGACUCGUACAGGAGUACAUCGGCAGCGCGGUGGACCUCCUGCGCAACCAGAACCGUCUGUUGACGUCCCACGGGAACUCGGCUCUGUACGCGUCUCUGGGAGCGUACGUGGAGCUCGAGGGCUACUACCUGGAGUCGGAGCCCUGUCUCGUGUGCAACAACCCGGAAGUGCCCAUGGCCACCAUCAAGCUGCCCACGAUAAAGAUCGACUCCAAGUUCACGACGACGACGCAGAUCGUGAAGCUCGUGAGCAGCCACACGAUCAGCCGCAUCAGCCUGCGCGUCGGAGACAUCAAGCGGAGCAAGAUGGUGCGCGGCAUCAACUUCUACUACAACAACCGCACCGUGCAGGCCGUGCAAGAGCUGAAGAACAAACCUGGCAUGUGGCACAAGGCCAAGCGCGUCCAGUUGCAAUCCGGACAGACCGAAGUGCGGGUGGAUUUCCCGCUGCCGAUAGUCGCCUGCAACCUCAUGAUGGAGUACGCCGACUUCUACGAGAACCAGCAGGCCACCGGUGAAUCUCUUCAGUGUCCUCGCUGCUCGCAGUCGGUGCCCGCCAAUCCCGGGGUUUGCGCCAAUUGUGGCGAAAACGUCUUCCAAUGUCACAAGUGCCGGGCAAUAAACUAUGACGAGAAAGAUCCGUUCUUGUGUCACGCGUGCGGCUUCUGCAAGUACGCCAAGUUCGACUACACUCUGAUCGCGAGACCCUGCUGCGUCGUCGAUUCCAUCGAGAACGAUGAGGAGCGGAAGAAGACCGUGCAGACAAUCGGCACUCUGUUGGACAAGGCCGACCGCGUCUACCGCCAGCUGAUCGCCAACAAGCCCCAAUUGGAGUCGCUGGUGCACAAGAUAAGCGAGCACCGCGUGGACGGUCGGCCGGACGAGAACAGCAAUACGGCGACCGCGGCCCUGGGAGGGGGUCAGGUCAACCGCGUCAUCCAGGCGCUCGCGCACAAGUACUGCGUCGAGAGCAAGGGGCACUUCGAGGACCUCUCCAAGAUCAUCCAGAAGGUGCUGGCCUGCAGGAAAGAAUUGGUCGCGUACGACAAAGCUCAGAGCGAACGGCAAAACGGCGAGGCGUCGCCCGCGUACUCCGUGCUCGCGCAGAACUACGACGGCGACCUCGCCAAGGGUAAGCCAUCGCUCGAUUCGCGCCAGAGUUCGCACGUCAGUCGUCUGACGCCGUCCCCGUUCGCAGAGAGCGGCGGCUCGUGCUACGGGUGCUCGCUGUGUACGGCGGAGCACUGCCUGACCCUGCUGCGGGCGCUGGCGUCGCAGCCUGACAAGAGAGCCGCCCUGUGCGGCGCCGGCCUCGUGCACGAGCUCGUGCAUCACAAUCUGCACCGCGGCACGCCGCAGAGCCAGGAAGAGGUGCGCGCCUUGAUCUGCCUGGUGACGCGUGACAACUUGGCGGCGACGGAACGCCUGUGCACUCUGCUGACGCAGCGCAUCACUCUGUCGCUCGUGGGACACGCCGCCUCGCAGGACCACAACAACUCCGUGCGGCCUCUGGUUCUCCUCCUGGGAUCGCUGGUCAAGGUCCAGGACUCGAUCGAAUGUUGGGAGGUGAGGCUCCGAUGCGUCGUGAAGCUGUGGGUCUGGUGCUGCCCGAAAGUGAGCGAAGUGGCAGGGAUCCCGCCGGCCGCCCACUACAUCCUCAAGGACGAGGCGUUGGCCGACAUGCCCGGCAUCAACACCUGCUCGCCCAACUCUCACCAAUUCGCCCUCCAACAAGUGGCCCUGCCUUGCCUCCGCUACAUGCAAGAGCUGAUGGCUCCACUCGUCGCCACGCCGUCUCCCGCCCCGUCCGCCCUCUCAGCCGCGGCCACUGCGACCACCGCGACGGACGACCUAGUCGAGGAAGUCAAGGAGGGAGACGAGCCGCAUAAUCGGACGGGCGACCUCGUCGUCGACCUGGCGGCGUGGCUGGCCGGCCGAGUGUCGCAGAAGGAGUGGCGUAGCCUGGCCGCCCCGGAAGCCGCGCCGCCCGCCGACUGCGAGCUUCCGCCGAGGGACCUGCGCCUGGCGCGCGAGUCCGUCGGCCGUUGGAGGCGCCGGGUGCUGCUCGGCCGCGGCAUGCGGCGUGUCAGCCUAUCGGACGGUGGCUGGCUGCGCCCCGUCAUGUUCGACCCCAGCUCCCGCAUCGCGAGAGACACCGCCUGCCGAGUCGUCGCCUCGCUCUGCGACUCCUACGAGCGGACCAAGGCGGUGCUGAUCCUGUUGACGAGCUUCCUGCCCGAAGUGGGUGCGGCGGGGGAGGCGAGCGAGCAGUUCCUUCAGCUGUAUCAGCGUCUAGCCGCGAAGAGCCCGUGGAAGCAGUUCCUGGCGCUGCGGGGCGUGCUGCAGCAGAUAGCGGAUCUCAUGACUGACGAGAUCGAGCAGCUGCACCGCCUCGAGGAGACCACGCUCACCUCGGACCUCGCUCAAGGAUACGCUCUUCAACGUCUCACGGAGUUGUUGGCGAUGUUCCUGGAGGAGCCGGGGGCUCGGAGGGCGUACAAAGGCCGGCUGGUGGGAGCCGUCCUCGGGGGCUACCUCUCUCUGCGUAGGCUGGUGGUGCAGAGGACGCGCCUCACGGACGACACGCAGGAGAAGCUGCUGGAGCUCCUCGAGGAGAUGACCACCGGCACCGAAGCGGAGACGGCCGAGUUCAUGGCGGUGUGCAUAGAGACCGUGCAGAAGUACCCGCUGCACGAUUACCGCACUCCGGUGUUCAUCUUCGAACGGCUCUGCUCCAUCAUCUACCCGGAAGAAAACGACGUCGGCGAAUUCUUCCUCACUCUGGAGAAGGAUCCGCAGCAGGAGGACUUCUUGCAGGGCCGCAUGUUGGGCAACCCGUAUUCGUCGGCGGAGCCGGGCAUGGGCCCUCUGAUGCGCGAUGUCAAAAACAAAAUCUGCACGGACUGCGAGCUCGUGGCUCUGCUAGAAGAUGACAACGGCAUGGAGUUGCUCGUCUGCAACAAGAUCAUGUCCCUGGACCUGCCCGUCAAGGAUGUCUUCAAGAAGGUGUGGUGCACCCUGGGAGAGAGUCUGGAAGCGAUGCGCGUCGUGUACCGUAUGAGAGGCCUUCUCGGAGACGCCACCGAAGAGUUCGUGGAGACGCUCAGCCAGACCAACGCCGAAGCCGUCGACGACGAGCAGACGUACCGCAUGGCCAACGUGCUGGCGGACUGCGGCGGCCUGGAGGCGAUGCUGCGGCGCUUGGCGGCGAUCCAGCGAGUGGGCGGCGCGCGAGCCCUCGUGUCGACCCUGCUGCGCCUGCUGAGUCUGUGUGUGCGUGUGCGCCGUUGCGUGCGCGUGCUGACGAGCACCGAAACGCGCGCUCUGCCCGUCCUCUUGCACGCGCUCACGCUCGCCGCCGCCGAGGAGAAGGACAUGCCCAGGGCGGAGCUCGUGCAUCAACUGCUCGAGAUAAUGGAGCGCAUACUCACGGUGGCAGCCAGCGAGAGCUUGGAGUCGUUCCUGCAGUUCUCGCUCACGUUCGGUGGACCGGAACACGUGCAGGCCCUGCUCAACUGUACAGAACUGACAGCGAUCCGCAACAAUUCCGUGUCUCUCGGCCACCUGAUGCGCGUUCUGGCCGCGCUGGUCUACGGCAACGACCUGAAGAUGGCGAUGCUGGUGGAGCACUUCAAGCCGGCGCUGGAGUUCGAGCGCCUCGACGCCGAACAGUGGGGCGAGCGCGAGUUCCGCAUCGAGCUGUUCUGCGCGCUCUGCGCCAACAUCGAGAGGAACAGCGUCGGAGGCACGCUCAAAGACUACCUGAUCUCGCUCGGCGUCGUCCGCGACGCCUUGGACUACAUCGUGAGACACGCGCCGUGCGUGAAGCCGACGCUGGUCUGCACCGACUCGGACGAGCUGAAGGAGUUCAUAAGUCGACCGGCUCUGAAGUUCAUCCUGCGAUUCCUCACGGGCCUGGCCUCCGACCACGAACCGACUCAGAUGCUGGUGUGCGAGAAGGCGAUCCCGAUAGUGCACCGGCUCGAGCAGGUGUCCUCCGGGGAACACGUGGGCUCCCUGGCCGAAAACCUCCUCGAGGCGCUCCGGUCGCAGCCGCAGUGCGCCGACAGGGUGCGGCAAGUGCGGGAGUUCACCAGACAGGAGAAGAAGCGCCUCGCGAUGGCCGUGCGCGAGCGGCAGCUGGGGGCGCUGGGCAUGCGCAGCAACGAGCGAGGCCAGGUGACGGCGCAGUGCUCGCUCACGCAGCAGGUGGCCGACCUGGCCGAGGAGGCGGGCGCCGUGUGCUGCAUUUGCCGCGAGGGAUACAAGUACCAGCCCACGAAGGUGCUGGGCGUCUACACCUACACGAAGCGCUGCCCCGUGGAGGAGGCCGAGGCGCGCGCGCGCAAGACCCUCGGCUUCACGACGGUCUCGCACUACAACAUCGUCCACGUCGAGUGCCACAUGGCCGCCGUGAGGCUGCAGCGGGCCAGGGACGAGUGGGAGAGCGCCGCCCUGCAGAACGCCAGCACUCGCUGCAACGGCCUGCUACCGCUGUGGGGACCCAACGUGCCCGAGUCGGCCUUCGCCAGCUGCCUGGCCCGACACACCACCUACCUGCAGGAGUGCACGGGCCACCGCGACAUCGGCUACCAGUGCACGGUGCACGACCUGAAGCUGCUGGCGUGGCGCUUCGCUCGCGGCCGCACGUUCCACGAUGACACGGGAGGCGGAGGUCCGCUCUCCAACAUGCAGCUGCUGCCGGCGCUGCUGCACAUGGCGCUCUACGUUAUGAACACCACCCGCAUGGCGGCCCGCGAGGCCAACGCCGUGGAAGAGUUCCUGUCCUGGGCGCCGGUCAAGCGCCUCGAGUCGGCCCACGAGGCGGAGGGCGCCCUCUACUACGCGACGCUCGCCCUGCUGGUCUGCCCGCCCGCCGAGUGGAGGCGCCGCCGCGUGGAGUUUCUGCGUCGCUUGCUGAUCACGGGACAGGCUCGGAGCGUGUCGGGCGGCGUGCAGCUGCAUGCGCUGUCGCCGGAGUGGCGCGUCCCGAGGCCCUGGGCCGACCUCAAGGCCUUCGCCGUGUUCGCCGCCCUCGUCGACCGGCUCUACGGGGUCAUGUUCAAGAACGUGUCGGCGGCCACCGCGGAGCAGUGGCCCGUGAAGCUGGCGGAGUACAUCCGAGUGAGCGACGAGGCGAACGCGAAGGCGGCCGAGCGAAUCGUGGCGACGCUGACCGACGAGCUCCUGCCCUGCACCUCCUUCGCCGAGUUCUGCGACGCGGCCGGCCUCCUCGAGGACAUCCCCGACCCCGACGCGUUCCUGUCCACUCUCUUCGACGAGCUCUGAGAGAGACCCUUCACCCCUCGCUCCUCACCCUUCGUGAGGCCGAAUCCUAAAUUGUCCGCGUGCUUAUAUUGUAUUCGAUUUUAUAUAAUAAACGUUUAGCUUUC